AUGAAAAUUGAGAAAAAUUUAGGUGAUAUUUCUAAUAUUUUUGAGGAUAGUGAUAAUGAAAAAGAAGAUGAAGGAAAAGGAAAAUCAGUCAAUUACAGUGACAUUAAAAAUACUAUUACUGACGCUACUGAAAGAAUGAAUUAUAAUUAUAUGGAUUUUGAUGGUAAUGGUGAUGAUGGAUUUGUGAUAGAUGAUGAUGGUGCAGGUUAUGUAGAACAUAAACCGUAUUGGGAACAACAACCAAGUGAUAUAACAAAACCUCAAGAGCCUUUUCAGCCAUGUUCAACACCUAGUAAAAAUAAUCGUCGUUAUUUAGGAAGUAUCAAUAGUACACAAAAUGAUUCCUACUCAAUGAUCAAUGUAGAAUUUCAUAACAAGACACAAAAUCGCGGUUAUAAUUUACAUGAUGAUUUUAAUUAUUCGAUGGCAUGUCUUAAUUUUCAAGGUGCAUUAUUUGCAGUAGGAUCAAGCAAAGAUAGCCCAAGUGUUUUAUUUUUUAAAUCUCAAAAUACUUGGGCAAUUAAAAAUGAAUGGAUGACCACUUUUCCUAAAGAUGAAGUUAUUAUAGGAAUUGCACUAAGUAGCCUAGCGAUAAUUGUCGCAACUUCUAAAAAUUUCAUAAGAUUAUUCACGCUUUCUGGUGUACAACUUUAUAUCUUUGCAUUGGAUUCAGUAGUUUGUAUGGAUGCUUACCAAGAGUUUGCAUUGAUUGUAUAUCAUCUAGGAACAGGUUAUCGAGGAUCGCAAAAUCUUGGAUAUAUGUUGUAUAAUGUAGAAACAAAUGAUAUUGUUCAAAAAGAACAAUUGCCAAUAUCUAAAGGUUCAACUUUAGAAUGGAUUGGAUUUUCAGAUAAAGGGUUACCAGCAAUGUAUGAUUCUGAAGGAGUGUUAUCUAUUUUACAUCGUCACAGACAAUAUCACCAAGCAAGAUGGAUACCUGUUUUGUAUACUCGUAAUAAUCCAAACCCUGAUGAUGAAGCAUCGUAUUAUUGGCCUGUUGGAUUAAAUGAAACCAAAUUCUUGUGCAUUGCUUGCAAGGAUGGCGAAAGAAUGCCACGUUAUCCAAGGCAAAAGUUUCAUGAAUUUGAUUGGCAAAUCCCUCUUUUAAAUCUUGAUAAGCCAAUUGGUAAAACUGAAGAAGUAUAUGCCCGUAUGAAUCUAUUAAUAAAAUUUGAGUGUGAUGAAAUCAGGGCAAAGAAAAAGUCAAUUGAUGAAGAAAAACAAAAAGAACUUGUUAAGAAACAUUUGGAACUCGAUAAAAUGUUGUUAACGACUAUAAGAACGUCAUGUAAAGAAUCAAGACUACAGCAUGCAUUAGAUUUAGCAAAGUUAUUAAAUUCAACGAAAUCCUUGGAAUCAGCUAUUAAAAUUGCAUCAUUUUAUGAGUCCCAUUCGUUAGCUGAAAAAAUACAUAAAUUAAAAUCAGAUAAAUUAAUUAAACAAAAUGAGAAUUCUUAA